AUACCUGAAUCAAAGAUGAGACACUGGGCGUUAGACGGGAGGAAGGGUCAACGGGGAGGAGACGUUUGCUGUGGGUGGAAACGGAUUUGGGCGCGUCCUGUUCCCCAACAAGACUUACCUGAAGUCUCAGUCGGGCUUUGCAAGAGGGAGAAACGCACCUGUGAUCCGGACAGUUUGUCACAGCCUUUACGAGCAACUAUGGGUGAAUCAGCGGAGGUCGUGGCUGCCAACCUCAAGAGCAGAAGAAAUGUGACCAUCGAGAUCACAAACCUCACCAACAACUACUGCCUGAUUGAUCCCAAGGUUUACCUGGAGAGCGGGAACGUCCACAGCCCUCCCCAACCCACCAUCCGCCCACUCAAGACCGAAGUGUGCAACUUCAGCAAGACCAGCGCUAAGGCCACAGGGGCAGUCGGCGUACUGACCUAUGACCUCUUCGAGAGACAAAGCAACUGCGCCAAGGAGACACUCGCCAUCAUGUUCUCCGUGCCCUACGACUGCAACUUGUACAAGAACUGGUUGGCCAUUGGCAUCUUCAGCCAGGGCAAGGCGGUCAACGAGAGCCUGUACAAGGAGAUGUACUACAAUAAAGAGGAGGGCUUCGUCCGUCAGGAGGCCAACGGCAGCGGGCUCACCUUCGAGGGCAAUGUCCUGGACAUCAAGGCCACCAUGUCUCCGCUGGGCAGAGCCAUCCUGAAGGUGGAGGUGUGGGACAAGCUCUUCUGUCCCAUUGGACAACAGCAACACUGAGUGACCUUUGACUGAAUGAUCUUACUGAUGUAUCUAGUCUUUAGUAUCUACUGUCUGUUCAGUCAAUAAAUAAACCUAUGAGACAAA